AUGGCGCCGUUUCUGCCGGACGAUCACGUCGGCGAGAUCCACCUGCGCCUCCCGCCGCAGCCAUCUUGCCUGCUCCGCGCCUCCCUCAUCUGUGAUCGCUGGCUUCCUCCGCCGCGACUACUAGAAAACAGGCCAAAAAUCCUUACCAAAGGCGGGUACUCGCCGUGCCCCAAGCCACCGCCCGUGCCGGCGCCGUGCCCGCCGACCCCGAGGACGCCCACGCCCGGCGGCGGCGCUGGCAGCAGCAGGUGCCCGGUGAACGCGCUGAAGCUGGGCGCGUGCGCGAGCGUGCUGGGCGGGCUGCUGAGCCUGGAGCUGGGCCAGCAACAGCAGGGCUCGUCGUCGCCGUCCGGCUCCACUUCCACAACGCAGCCAUGCUGCCAGCUCCUGGGCGGGCUGGCCGACCUGGACGCGGCCGUGUGCCUGUGCACGGCGCUGCGCGCCAACGUGCUGGGCGUCGUCCAGCUCGGCCUCCCCGUCGAGCUCAGCGUCCUCGUCAACUCCUGCGGCAAGAAGCGGGGGCUCUAUGCAUCUCGUGGAAGGUGGAUAAACUAUUCAUUUUUAAAGUCUAUUUGGCCCAAUUAGCUUUCGUAAACUGUUCAAUAUUUAUUUUAAAUACGUUCAAUAUUUUUUAAACACGUUCAACAUUUGACGUCCGAAAUGUUGAAACUCUAUAGAUAAAAUGUUGAAAUUCUAGAUCUCAAAUGUUCAAAUGGUAAAUUUAAAAUGUUGAACCAUUCUUCUCCGGCGACCAAAUGGCGGCGCUAGGCACGGCGGCGCGCGCGGCCUAGUCAGGGCACGGCGGUAGCCCGACGGCGGCGCGGAGCGGCGCCCAUGG